AUGCCAAUAAAAACUGGUGAAAUACUGGGCAUGGAUGUAACAACCAGUUUGAGUCCCAGUAGCACCGAUUUGCGCAAAAAACGUAAACCGCUGAAGCCGUCAAUAGAAAUACAGUUGGAAAAGGCAGCUGAAAUGCUGGAUGUGAACAGAACCUCAACACCAAAAACAGGUAUUAUUUCACCCCAUGAUAUUUUUGCUUCUACAAGCAGGUGUGGUCUGCGGACUCAGUCUGACGCUGUUUUUCUGGGGUCAAAGUGCAGAGAGUUAGAAAUUCGAAUUUGGGAAAUUUUAGCUCACAUUCCCCACCCCCCUUUCGCCCCCGCCGAUCACCCCGCUUUUCCUUUCUGGAGCUCAGACCGGUGUGGAAAGUGA